AUGGAGCUCGUAGAUGGCGAAGAAGCGCGCGGAAGGCCUCACCCCGAAAGCGCGGCGGCAGAUCUAAUGCGAAGACUUGGUGUUUCACCUGAACGAAGGAUUAAAGUCACACCCGAGGAUGAUGCGCGCGUUUUGAAGCGUAUUGACAUGGUUGUGCUACCUCUAAUGCUAGCAGUUUAUUUCCUCCAAGGUCUUGAUAAAGCGACUAUCGCAUAUGCUUCCAUCUUCGGCCUCAUCGAAGACACGAAUCUUAGGGGCAAUCAAUUCUCAUGGCUCAGCUCAAUAGUCUACGUCGCUCAACUCAUCGCGCAAUUCCCGCUAGCGUGGCUUCUCGUCAAACUCCCCAUUGGGAAAUUCACAAGCUGCAUGGUCACACUCUGGGGAUUAACACUUACAUUCAUGGCGGCGGCACAUACCUUUCACAGUUUGCUCUUUGCGCGUUUCUGGCUUGAUGUUCUGGAGGAGGAGGGAGCAGCCGCUAAGAAUGUCGUAUUGGUAUGCUAUGAAUGGAUUUACUGGUGUUUUUGGGAGUUUGGCGACGUGGUGGCUUGCGCAACCAUCUUUGUCGCCUUUGGAAUUAUCACCGUCUGCUUCUCCACCGUUCUGUUCUCAUACAUGCCCGACUCGCCAGCAGAAGCGAAAUUCCUUGAUAAGCACGAUAAACUUAUUGCUAUUGAACGACUGAGGAUGAAUCAGACUGGUGUCAUGUCGCGGCAAUGGCGAUGGGACCAUUUCUGGGAGACUAUACGAGAUUUGAAGACUUGGCUCUGGUUCUCUCUCAUCUUCAGUAUUUCAGUACCUUCUGGUGGCGUUGGAUCCUUUGGCCCUCUUCUCAUCAAGUCCUUUGGCUUCGAUUCGUUCCAAGCCAUCCUCUUCAAUGCCCCGUUUGGUGUUGUCCAGUUCAUCUCUACAGUUGGAGGCUCUUACGUCGCGACCAAGUAUCAUAAGAAAGGUCCAGUCAUUGCGUUUCUGGCUCUGUUUCCGAUUGUUGGCUGCAUGAUCAUGUUGUCGACGCCGCAUACACCUGAUGGGAGAAAUACUCUGCUAGGCGGAUACUACAUGAUCUCGGUCUUCCCAGGAAUAAUUCCUCUGAUCUACUCAUGGUCAUCCUCCAACACCGCCGGCGACACCAAGGGCAAAUGCAAUUCAUCAGUCCUCUUCAUUGGCCAAUCUCUCGGAAACAUCAUUGGCCCUUUGCUCUACAAACCAUCAGAGGCACCUGAGUAUCACAGAGGGUUAUACUGGAAUUUGCUUCUUUAUAUCGCAAUUGUAGGUCUUGUUGUAGUCACGACAAUGUAUUUGACCUACCUCAAUCGCGAUCACAGUCGUCGCCGCGUCAUGGCGGGGAAGGAUGCGGUUAUUGUGGACUACAGCUUGUACUCGCCUGAGGAAGCUGAUCGUCUUCGAAGGUCCAAGGCGACUGAGGGUCAGCAUAUUGAAAAUGCGAGGGAUGCGACCGUUGGGGAUCAUGCGUUUGAUGAUAUGACGGAUUUGGUCAACGAUGAAUUUGUAUUUGUAUUCUAA